AUGGCGCCUUACGUCCUUGCCGCUACGACCCUGCUUGGUCUCGCUGCCGCUCAGUCUCUGGGUACUACAGGCGAGGUUCACCCCAAGCUCACGACCUGGAAGUGCACCAAGGCGGGCGGCUGCAAGUCGCAGCAAACAGCCAUUGUGCUUGAUUCAGCAUCCCACUGGAUCCACCAGAAGAACGACACGACGAAAGGAUGCGGAGACUGGGGCAGCGGGCCCGACGCGGCUGCGUGUCCGGAUGAGGCGACAUGCGCGAAAAACUGCGUUAUGGAGGCUGUCACCAACUAUACUGACUACGGCUUGUCCACCAGGGGCGGUGCGGUAACCAUGAAUAUGUACGGCAAGAAUGGUGUGGCCAGCCCUAGAAUUUAUCUUCUCAAUGCCGACGAAAAGAACUAUGAGAUGAUCAAAUUGACCGGCCAAGAGUUUUCCUUCGACGUUGACGUGUCAAAGCUGCCUUGCGGUAUGAACGGUGCUCUCUACAUGUCUGAGAUGGAAGCCUCGGGUGGCCGAUCCAGCUUGAACCCAGGAGGCGCUACCUACGGAACGGGCUACUGCGAUGCGCAAUGCUACGUUACUCCUUGGUUGAACGGUGUUGGUAACGUUGCCGCCAAGGGCGUAUGCUGUAACGAGCUCGACAUCUGGGAGGCAAACAAGGUCGCCACUCAAGUAGCGCCUCAUGUCUGCAACAAGGAUGGUGUCUAUGGAUGCACGGGCGACGAGUGCACCAAAGCCGGCGUUUGCGACAAGAACGGCUGCGGAAAGAACCCCUACACGACCGACAAGACCUACUACAAGCCAGGUGGAAAGGUCGAUACCUCCAAGCCUUUCACCGUUGUCACGCAGUUCCCUGCCUCCAAUGGUACCCUCCAGUCCGUCGUUCGCAAGUACGUCCAGAACGGCACGGUCGUUGAGGACGUCGCUUCCACUGUGCCCAUGGACGAUGCGUACUGCACCAAGAACGGCGCAAGCGACUUUAUGCGCUUGGGUGGAAUGAAGGGUAUGGGUGGUGCGAUGAGCAGAGGUAUGGUGCUUGCCAUGAGCAUCUGGUGGGAUGAGGGCGGUUUCAUGAAUUGGCUUGACAGCGGCAACGCGGGACCUUGCAAUGCGACCGAAGGCGACCCAAAGAUCAUCCAGACGAUUGAGAAGGCACCAAGUGUUAUUUUCAGCCAGAUCAAGUGGGGUGACAUCGGAUCUACCUUCUCCGCAAAGCAGCACAACAGGUGGGACAGGGAAUAG